CCUUUCCUUUCCCCACCCCGAUCCUUCCGGCCUUCAAGCGCACUUGCAAAAAAAUAAUAGGCUGACCUGUAGCUUGAACCUAUUUGGAGAGCUUUGACACGGCAACGGCAGGAAAUCAUUGGCCUUUUCCUUGCGAUCGGGAGGUUCUAAUAACGGGAAAGGUUUGCAUUGGGAAGAAUCAUUGGGGGGGGGGGGUCCCGAUUCGAGCCGGACUUGCGCGCAAGAACGAACAGGAAUGGAAUGUAGACGCGCUGCGAGAAAAAGGACACUUCACGACUUCAAAGCCGGCAACCCAACCCACACACAACCCAAUCCACACCUACAAAAGCCCACACCACAACAGGCACCGUAAACACCACGCCCAGAACAGCGCACACACACACACAGAGAACUGGAGAGAAGUUUCCUGCGGAUGAGCUCCAGCAGCAGGAGUCUGAAGACAAACCCCUCUGGUCCCGGAGAUCGACCCAGAUUGGAUCCUGCAAAAGCAGGACCUAUCUGGGGGGAAAAAACCCUCUCGCCAAACAUCACCCUGCAAAGCUCUUCAGGUGAGCAGCUUCCGGAAACCAUGCAGGGGGGGAACCCCUCUGAGCAGAGUUCCCCUCAGUGGAACCAGAAGAGACUCUCCAAAUGCUCUGAAUGCGGGAAAUCUUUUGCUUACCGGUCCCUCCUUUUGAUCCAUCGGAAGCUGCAUACGGGGAAUGGAUCCCACCUGUGUUUUCUUUGUGGAAACUCCUUUCCUGGAAUGUGGAGCUUUGCCAAACAUCUCCGGAGCCACCCUGGACUGAGGCCUUAUAAAUGCGGAGAGUGCGGGGAGCGUUUUGCUAAAGGCUCGGACCUUGGAGCCCAUCAGCGACUCCACCAGGGAAAGAGACUUCAGGAAUGUCGAAAGUGGUGGAAAAGACUGUGCUUUUCUCAAAAGUCAGAGCUGCUUCAAUACCUGCAAAUCUACACAGGAGACAAACUUUACAAGUGCGGCCAGUGCGAGAAGGCCUUCGCUCAGAAGUCACAGCUUUGGCUCCACGAGAAAGUUCACAAAGGAAUCAAGUCUUAUGAUGCGUGCUGGGGGGAAAUUGCCCAGCGAUCAUCUCUUCGGAGUCGCAAGAAAACAAACAGAAGGAAGGAAAAAAAUGAAGAGUGUCCAGAAUGUGGGAAGUGUUUUUCCACCAAGGUAUACCUGAUGAGACAUCGGACAAUCCUGUUGUGA